AUGUCGGCCACCGAACUCCCCUUCCCAGAGCUCCCCCGCACCAACGAGGGCAAGCGUAUCUGCCAGGUCAUCAAGGUCAAGCCUGAGGCCCUCGACGAGUACAAGAAAGUCCACGCUGCGGUCUGGCCUGAGGUCCUUGGUGCCCUCCGCAAGUCCCACGUUGUCGACUACUCGAUCCACUACCUGGCCGAGCUCAACCUCCUCAUCGCCCACAUGCGCUACAUUGGCAACGACUAUGAACGCGACAUGGCGACCAUUGGCGAGAGCGAGGCAACGCGCCGCUGGUGGAAGAUGACAGACGGCAUGCAGGAGAGCAUGGUUCCCGGCGCUACCGGUAGCGAGAGCGGCCCCGGAUGGUGGACCAGCACCGAGGAGGUCUUCCGCAUGGAGGGUUAA